AUGAGCGAAGACCAGGUCAACGCCAUGACCACACAGCAACAACAACAGCUACCAGUGCCUGAGUCAUCCCAUUGCGCGAUGAGCCUCAGCGCCACUCUCAAACGACCUGCGUCUCCAUCAUUUGAGAACGGCGACCAGCCAGUGCGUAAACGCCUGAAGGAGGAGGCUGAUAAGGCGUCGAUAGUUGAACAGGACGCGGAAAAAUCCCAAGACGCGAGGAUGGUGGAUGAACUCGCGCUGGAGCUGCAGUGUGGCUGCUGUUCUGAGCUGGUGUAUAACCCAGUCCUCGUCCUACCAUGCCAACACUUCUUCUGCGGAAGCUGCUGUGUUCUAUGGGUCAGGAAUGGUGGGACGAAUUGCCCGGCCUGUAGAGGCGUUUCUUCCCUUGUAACGCCAUUUCGAGCCAUCCAACCUCUUCUGGAUACCCUUCUGCGCCUUGCUCCCGAGAAAACACGGGCAGCGGGUGAGAGGGCCCAAGCCGAUGAAGUCUACAGGCAUGGUUCUUCGCUCCGCAUCCCAAGCCCGAAGGAGCCCUCGCCCGAACCGACAAUCAAUGUUAACGCGGACCUUGCCCAGCCCUGUCCCAACUGUCCUCCAGGCAAUCCCCAUGGUUGGAGAUGUCCUCACCCUAUUCCAGAUCCUGCAGCAGACCCCGACAAUGCAUGGCACCUCGACGACGGCAUCCCGCCUGGCCAUGGACAGUGCGGACAUUGUGAGAAUUUGCUCGCCCUUGAAGCACCACUAACCACCAAGUGCGAUUUAUGUAAAGUCGUGUUUUGUGGCAUCAACAUUCCAGGUAGAUGCUCCGCGGUACCCCUCGCCCUACAGCACCCCCAGGGUUUGGCGAACGUCGGUGACCUCAUCGAAUCAGCGGAAGUGUAUGAAUCGUUUGAUGGGAAUACCUAUGAAGUCGAUAUCCUUUUCGACUAUCUUAGAACCCAAAACAAGUUGCCCCGUCAGAUUUAUCGAGAGAUCAUAACGCAUACGCUAGCCCAACCCCGCGGUCUGCAGCCUUUCUUGGAAUCGGACGCAUUCCUCGAUGUGCAUGGUGGCGUCCUCGAUGCCAUUCCCCAAGGACCUUUCAACCGGAUCUGUCGAGUCUGUGCUGCAGAAGCACUUCUCUGGGGACUCAAGGAUUGGUGGAUUCGCGAACGACAGAAAGGCCAUCUUGACACGGCUAUCCUCGGUCGUCCAGACUGCCCGGACGGCAACGCAUGUCAACGCCAGAAAGAAACUGCACAUGCUAAAGAGUUCAACCACAUCAUUUCCCCACCACAAUCCUCACCGCCACCCAAUGCAUCCCUACCCAUUAGCGCACCGCCAGAGGGAGCUGUUCCUCUUUUGGCAUCCUCCUCCGUGGAUGAUGUCGAACAUCUUAUCCUUCCCCAACCAAGUUCGGGUUCAAUGACCUCGCAGCAGCGCGCUUCGGCUCUGUCGUAUCUCCUGAACUCCACCAACCUCGAUGAACCCGAAGCUCUUCACCGCGCAAUUGCCCGCAGGCUGCAAUCUUCAAGCCCUGACCUUCGCGAUGCGAUUGAUGCGCUAGCCUCUUAA